CUCCCCGACUGCAGGGUGAGCUGUUCAGCGCGUCUUGGCCUCCCACCCUCGCAGACCAAUCAAGGCCAACUUCGUAUUUUGAGCCUCAUCCCGCCCAGCUGAGGGCGAACCCAUUUAAAACAAAGCAUGGGUGCUUGCGAACCGGGCAUCCGUGCGUUCAAAUGGUCUUUACGAAGUGGGAAUUUGACAAGGCUCGUAACGAGCAUUACUGGGUCGAUAACGAGGAGCAAUGCUACAUCUACGAGAGCGGGCAGAGAAUAUCUCUUCCGCAAGACUAUGUGAUACAGCAACAGGGCGCCCCUCAGCCAGCCCACGGACGGGAACUGAGCCGGGGAAGUAGUGAUUGGAGCGCGACGACCGCGUUUUCGAAUUUGUCGCUUGAUGACGGCGCGACUCCAGCGCACGACGUUGAAAAGGAGGAUGUUCAAGCCGUUGAAAGCGCCCCUUGUGCUCAACCUCCAGCUUCGGAAAGCACCGGAGGAUUCGAUUAUCCCCCGUACCCCGUGCAGCAAGGAGCAGUCCAUCAAGGCCAUCAGCUUAUACCAUGGGCCCACAGCGGCCAGCAAAAUAGUCUCUUGCAGUUCGCGGAAUUUCCGCGGCCGAUGCAAUAUCACCCACUCAGCCCCUACCAACACUACGGUCCACUCCCGGUUUCGCCUGGAUCCACGGGACAUAGCCAGUAUGAAGCGCAGCAAAAUACGCAAGGUCCUUGGGCACCGCAGAUCGGCAAAUCCGUUCCGUAUCACCAACGAGGGGCCAUUCUGGGGCACUCCACACCUGUGCAGAGCCCUGUGCAGAGCCCUUUUCAAAGCCCCUUCCAGAGCCCGCUACACCCAAGAUCGCCCGAACCAUCCAACGAGCCAAUAUUGCAGGAAGUGGCCCGAAAUGUUGAAAAAGAGCCCAAAGAAGAGGUCAUACCGGGCGUUAGGCCACAUAGGAAGCUCUUCGGUAGUGCCGGCUAUGUCGAGAAGCUUGAUCCCAACUUCCAUGUCCGCUACCCGGGCUACGAAUUUUUCAAAGUCGGGGUCGUCUUUAGAAUCCUCUGGCCAGAGCUAGCUGGUGACGCCAACGAUAAUACAACCAUCGUGACCACGAGAUUCCAAGAGAGAAUGUCCUGCAAGAUCCGAUGGUUUGUUGUGGUCCGGGAAGGCCACAACUGCUGCACAUGUCUGUACGCCGAUCCAGACAUAUGGAAGAAGGGGCGUGACCGAGACCAAGGUGAAAAGCCAGCACGCCAUAAUCUACACUGGCUCAGAAGCACCGCAACCAUUACCUGCAGAGCGCCCUAGCUAUGUAAACGAAUUGCCAAUGGGUGAGCCUAUCCAGGUAGUUGCAAACAAGCCGUGGAAGGGUUUGGACCCCCUGUCGCGAGUGAAUUUCGCCAAGGUGUAUACCGUGGAGCACAACGUCAAAGUGGAGGACUUUGGACAGGUUCAUCCUGACGACGAAUGGAAGUUCAUCUUCCAGUUCAACUUCCAUUGGGGGAUCCGAGGAAACAAUGCUCUAUCUCCUACGACCCGGUAUUCUUACUCCGGAACCACAUCACAAACAUCAUCAGCUCCAAAUGUCUUGACUGCUGG